CCAAUGACAAAUGCACGACCAAGAACACUUUCCCAGAGUCGCCUAUAAAAUGCCGAAGCACAAGCAUUUCACCACACUCUACCUCCGAAGUGGCCACGGUGAACAAGCAGGAGCAACAAUGAAGUUUUUGGCAAUUGUGCUCUUGGCGGCUUCCGCUUGCGCUACUGAAAUUGAGAAGCGAGAUGCGGAGCCAAGCUAUGGGUCUUAUCAUCCUACCUAUGGAAAUGGUUAUGGUUAUCCCCAUGGCCACCAGUACGGAAAGAGGUCUGCUGAUCCAGAACCAGAGCCUGAGGCUUCCUACUCCUCUGGACGACCCUACCCUGUCAGCCAUUCCCAUGGCCACCAGUACGGAAAGAGGUCUGCUGAUCCAGAACCAGAGCCUGAGGCUUCCUACUCCUCUGGACGACCCUACCCUGUCAGCCAUUCCCAUGGCCACCAGUACGGAAAGAGGUCAGCUGAUCCAGAACCAGAGCCUGAGGCUUCAUACUCCUCUGGACGACGCUACCCUGUCAGUCAUUCUCAUGGCCACCAGUAUGGAAAGAGGUCUGCUGAUCCAGAACCAGAGCCUGAGGCUUCAUACUCUUCUGGUCGACGCUACCCUGUCAGCCAUUCCCAUGGCCACCAGUACGGGAAAAGGUCCGCUGAUCCAGAACCAGAGCCUGAGGCUUCAUACUCCUCUGGUCGACGCUACCCUGUCAGCCAUUCCCAUGGUCACCAGUACGGAAAGAGGUCUGCUGAUCCAGAACCAGAGCCUGAGGCUUCAUACUCCUCUGGUCGACGCUACCCUGUCAGCCAUUCCCAUGGUCACCAGUAUGGAAAGAGGUCUGCUGAUCCAGAACCAGAGCCUGAGGCUUCAUACUCUUCUGGUCGACGCUACCCUGUCAGCCAUUCCCAUGGUCACCAGUACGGAAAGAGGUCCGCUGAUCCAGAGCCAGAGCCUGAGGCUUCAUACUCCUCUGGAAGACGCUACCCUGUCAGCCAUUCCCAUGGCCACCAGUAUGGAAAGAGGUCUGCUGAUCCAGAACCAGAGCCUGAGGCUUCCUACUCCUCUGGACGACGCUACCCUGUCAGUUAUUCCCAUGGCCACCAGUACGGAAAGAGGUCUGCUGAUCCAGAACCUUCCUAUGGCUAUCCUUAUCCUGUCUACCACUACCCUACCUAUUACUCUGGUUAAGGGGAACUUUUCCACCGAUUUCCCUGGAUCAAAAAUGUGGAUUUUCUCUCUGAUUCAGGAGUUUUUUAUUUACUGUCAAACGAUCUGAAUUAACGAUACAAAAUAUA